GGCGCGGCGCGGGCGGCUUUGAAAGAGAAUGGCGGCGUUCCCGGUGGAAGACAGCACUCUCCAGUUGAAGGAGGCGUCCCCUGGCAGCCCGGGGCCCGGAGACGGAGUGGAAGCGGAAUCCGAGGAGCUGCCCAUGGUGUUCCUGUGCGCUGGGUGCAAGCGGCCCGUAGGAGACACGCUCGGCUGGGAGUUCAACGACGAGGACACCAACUGCAUCUUGUUGAAGAAUGUUACGCUCAAUGUUUCAGUGGACAAGGAACAAAAACUUUCAACCCGAGCUGGCGAAUAUGGCUGCAUGCUUGAAACCUUGUUUUGCACUGGGUGCAACAUGACCCUUGGAAGCAUUUACAGAUGCACUCCGAGACAUCUGGAUUAUAAACGGGAUUUAUUUUGCUUAAAUGUUGACUCUCUUGAAAGUUAUACCCUAGGGUCCUCGGAACAAAAAGCUGAAAUUGAUGAAGAGCCUCUAACGCUUGAAAGUCGAGCUAGUUUAGAAGAGUCACUAGGAAGGGCAGAAACGAUUUUGAAGGCAUUGGAGCAACGAUUAUCUGUAGUUGAAUCAAGUUUUGCAUCUCUUCACAACAUUGGCUGAAUAAUUAUUAUUGAUAUUACUAAUCAUAUUGACACUUGAAGUAUGUUGAAUCACUGCUGGAGUUGUCUGGUUAAAAACACGUGUUUCCCAGUGUCCUAGAGGUUGAAAAUGCAGACACCUGAGGAAGGAGAAUACUUAUGGAAAGCCAGACAUCCUUUGGAAAUUCUGGUCAUGAAUUUAAAAAAUCAUCUUUUUUUACUCUCAUCUUUUCUAAAUUACUGAAAUGCAAAUAUUGUUAUCAAUAUUCUCUUGUACCUUUUCUGGUUUUAUAUUUCUUUUAUGAUUUUUCACAUUGCUUUUGGCAGAUUAGGAACAAGUGUGGCUAACCUGCUUUUUCUGAAGAAGAAUAGCAGCAGUAGGGUGUUAGCUGCCUGAUCGAUCGAUGGAAUAAUACUUUCAUUUAUAAUAGCUGCUGUUUACUCUUCUGUUAGUUGUGGGUACUGAUAUAAUGAGCAGUGUUGGCUGAGCCUACAUCUGUGGAAGUUGUUAGCUUGUUUAAAUGAUUUAAUUGUUAAUGAUUAUAUUCCUGCCUUUAUUAUUUUCAAGAAUAAGGUUUAAAUUUCACAGAAGAUGCUAGCAGUGGCCCGAUGAGAAUUUCAAAAAUUAAAAAGGAGCAAGUGAUACUUUGACUGUACAGUAUUGUCUUUUUGUAAAUAAAAUAUGAUAGAGCUCUGCUUCAGCUUUAUAACUGUAUUGAGUACAAGUUAUUUAGAAAGAUUUGAAUAAAUGUAAAUACUUAGUGGUGUAAACGUUUCAUUAAAAAAUUUCUACAGCUGAACUGGAAUUUAAAACUGUUCAGUACAAGUGUUUUAUUGCAGGUCUUUGUGCUCAUUCUUAAUCACCUAGUCCUCCAAAUUGAAGCUUCAUGCCGUUUGCCAAACUUGAAUGCCUUUCAUAAUUCCAAAUAACCUAGGUGCCAUUAGUCAUCACAGAGUUUUCAUUAUGCUGCAGCACAUUCUGUUCACAUCUAAUUGCAGCACAUCAUGCUGUUUCAUCCUUAUUUUCUCUUUCUUUAAAAAAAAAAAGGAAAACAGGCACCGUUCAAGAAAAGGCUUUUACAAAAUAGAUGCUUAUAUAUAGUAGUAAUUCUAGCUGUAAUGAAGCUGGAAGCUCAAGCAAACAUUACCAUUUCUUUUCAAGUUAAUUUGGUAGGAUUUCUAUCUUGGCAUGUGAAUAAAGCUGAAGGUAAUUGGCUUCAUUAAGUUAUGGAAAUUUGCAGAUUGAGAGUUUCCUGUCCCUUACCGCCCCUGUAAUCACCUCUUGCCAAAAAGUAUGACCAGACAAUCCAGGAGGAAACCUUCUGAACAAUUUGGGAUUGGGUGUAUGAGAUGGGGGGCAGGACUUGGCAAGAACUCAGCCUAGUUUUGGGUGAUUUCCCCCCCUCCUACCACAACUUAUUGCUGUGCCUGUUACUGUUCUUUGUGCCACUAACAUGUAGCCCAGAUGCUUGUAAGUUUUCCUGAUCGUGUUUAUGACCAUCGGAUAUUUUCUUCAGUGUAAGAAGAUGCUGAUUUGGAUCAGAUAACAAGGGUAGCUGGUUUCUCAGAUGUAAAUGUAAAGCAAUGUUUUAUUCUCAAAACAAAUUUUGAAAUAACAGCUUUUCAUUCACCCAAAUGAAAGCUGAAAACUGGGCUGCCAUUGCUGAUUUUUUUUUUCUACAUUUGGAAUCUUGAUGCAGGUUUUUAAUAUGGACUAUUAGGAUUGCUUUAUUGACCACGAGUGGGACUUACUUGCUAAUAGACAUAUAGAGGAUUGUACUAUAGAGCUGUAAUGUUUUAGAAUAUAUGAAUAUACUUCUAAAAUGCAGAAAAGAAACUGGAUAAAUAUAAAUCUCUUUCAAAGACGCCACUAGUAGAUGCAAGCCAACAGUAUCCUUUCUUCCACAUGUCCUAUUGAAACGUAUGCAUGGGUAUUCUAAGUAAAUAAGGUUGAAGCCUGGCUGUGACUGAAGUGACAUAUAUAACAGUGUUUGAUUUUGCAGUGUAUUUCUCAAAAUCUGAUUUAAAUAUCUUUGAGCUGAUGAAAUUUUUAAUUGUUUUACUUGUGAGCCGUGCAGAGAAUGCAGGGUGAUCUAUAAAUCAAUAAAAGUAGCAUACGGUAGUGUUAGAUAACAAAAUUUCAAUGGGUAGUAUCAUGUCUUCAUUAAGUGAGCAUUAUCUUCUACAUUAGUUCCCUGCACAUGUAGAAUGGGGUGCAAGGCUGUGCCCUUGCUAGUUGCCCUGUGCCCUUGCUACUUACCCUGUUCCUGCAGCAUCUGCUGGACUUUUUUAAAAAAAUGUAGGUGUUUCAUCUGCAUUAGAAUGAUAAAGAGUCACAUGAAGAUUCACUAGAUGGCCCUAUAUGUCUGUAGAAAACUUAAACUAUAGGUUACAUGCACAGGAGCAAUAUGAGUUGGGAAAUGGGAACCUUCCAUGGUAAAGGGCAAGCCCAGAUUUACAUUAAAUCCUUAAUCUAAUUUAACACCUUUCCCCUCUACUUCAUCAUUGCAGCUAUAAUAAUAAUUAUUAUUUAACAAAAUGUAUAUACCACUUGAUGGCAAUAACACCCCCCAAGCCGUUUACAAGAAAUAUUAAAAUUAUCAAUUUAAAAAAGUUAAAAACAAGUAAUUAAAACAUUUAAAAGAUAAUUAAAGUUAACACUAGACUAAAGAGAUUAAAACACGUCAACAUCCAGGAUUCUCUAAACAAACUGGUUUUAAGCAGGUGCCAAAGUGUAUAGCGAUUGGCUAGUGAUGUUUAACAAUCGUAUUCCUGGGGAAAUGGGAAUUGUAGCUCUGGGGGGGGGGGGUAUUUUGAUUGGCUAGUGAUCUUCAGAUUAUAUUACAGGAAGCAGGGUUUUCAUUUCAGUCUGCAAAUUGCAUGCAAAUACUAACCUGACUAGUUUUCUGCUUUAAUUAAUGGCUUUAUUAAAAGUCAUUAGAAAAAGCAGAUGUGAUGCUGUGGCAUGCAAUGACAUUGGAAAGUUAUGGAAUAAGGUACUGCUUUGCACAUUCUUAAGUGAGAUCACACUCAUUGUGCAGUUCCUCACACGUUUGCUUGUUAGAGCAUUGAGGGAGGAUGUGGAAUAAUGAAUUUGUAAGCAAGUACAAAGUUCUAAUUGUCUUGCAAAUUGAGUAUAUAGAGCAAAUUGCUCUUGUUGAGAAGAUACAAAUAAGAUGGCCUACUGUUCCUUUAAAUCCUGUGAGUUCAUUUAAAAUAUGCUUGCAAAAUAGAAAUCCCCUAUUAACUAAAUUCCAUGGCUGAAUUAAAACACCCACUAGUCCCAGAAGCAAAUGAUCCAACAUAAAACCCUGUUGAAGCCCUGGUCUCGCUAUGGAAUGGCAAGAUGAAACAAGUGGUUGAUAUUAUUGUGAUGGAAUUCUACUCAAUAUUGAUCCAGAGCAGAUUCCAAUGUAUAGUUAGCAGAGUAAAAACUUAAGCACGUUGCAAAAAAUAUACCAGAGGCAAUUGUAUUUCAUCCAGCUGAGCUUUACUGCUACUGAAGGCAAAUGAGCAUAAUGAUCACAAAUACAAAGAUUCAGGAUUGGCACUGCCCAUAAUAAAUCCAGUUGCAGCAGACUUAACUUAAACUUGCAAUAAGUCUAAAACCUUAACACUAAACAUUCUAUCUACAGAGGUAAAGGUAAAGGACCCCUGGACGGUUAAGUCCAGUCAAAGGCGACUGGGGUUGUGGCGCUCAUCUCGCUUUCAGGCCGAGGGAGCCAGCGUUUGUCCACACACAGUUUUCCAGGUCAUGUGGUCAGCAUGACUAAACCGCUUCUGGUGCAAUGGAACACCGUGACAGAAACCAAAGCGCAUGGAAAUGCUGUUUACCUUCCCACCAC